UUUUCCCUCUCGUGGCUUCUGCUGGUCCCAUCAUGCUCUCUCAAACAUCCAUUUCCAGCUGAACAAAGAGGCGACGAAUUUUAUCCCAACGCCACACACAAAAAUUCGAAUAAUCCCAAAAAAAUCUCUACUCAUCCAACUCCACAUUACACCUCUCUCAGCAACUCAUUUCAGCAUCUGACCAUCAAUCUCAUCUGGGAAUUUAGGGUUUUGUUCAAUCUGGUAAGUUCUCAACAGAUUAUAGCUCAAUUAUGAAGUUUGUUGAUGAAAACUGCAUACAAAUUUGGGUGUAAUCUUGAAUUUCCAUUGUGGGUAUUUGAUGGUUUCUCUCAAUUUUGUGUAUGGAGUCCGAAAGUAGAUUGCUUUACCAUUGUAUGAGGUUGAAAGAUGUGGGGUUAUGGUAUACAUGUUCUUGAUGAGCUCUUCAAUGGUCUUGUGUUAUAACAAUUUAUUGUUUUCUGAUCGAAUAUUUGCCUGUCGAAAACCGUUGUGUUUGGAUAGUGUGAUUCGGUUAAGUGGUAGGGGAAGAAGGGGAUUUGGAAGGUUGGUUCCGAAUGCUAAGAAGAAACAUACCCGAAAACGAACUUGGUGGCAGAAAUUCUUUUUCGAUGAAGAUGGGAAUUGGCUCGGGUUAAAAGACGAUGAGAUGCUUGAAGUGGAGGAGGAAGCGGCAAAGAGUGGUAGUGAUGAUGAAGGGUUAUCGGAGAACGAAAAGUUUGAAGCGUGGAGACGGAGGGCGGAGGCGCUUGUGGAGUUAAAGGAGGCGCAGGAAAACGUGCAGAAUGAAGAAGAGAGGAAGUGGGAAGAUUGGCUUCUUGAUGCGACGAAUGGUGGUAGUGGUGGUGGUGGGAAUAGUAAUGGUAAUGGUUCGUCGUGGUUUCAAGAACCGAGUGAUGAAAGUGUUGAGGGGGAUUCGAGUGAUCUUAUCCCUGGAAAAGGGUUUACUGAAUCGGUGAGGGAUUUGGUGUUCGGAAGGGAAGAUGAUGAAAUAUUGUAUGAAGAUCGUGUGUUUCGCUAUGCCUCAUUUAACUCGGCAAAAUUUUUAGCGGCGUUGAUUAUUAUACCAUGGGCUUUGGAUUUUUUUGUUCAUGACUAUGUUCUUAUGCCAUUUCUCGAUAGGUAUGUGAAGACGGUACCACUUGCAGCAGAGAUUCUUGACGUAAGAAAGCAUCAAAAACUUGAAAUGGUGAAGGAGUUAAAAACCGAAAAAGAAAGAUACAAAUUUGAGGUUGAAAUUGGGAAAUCCCCACCGAUUUCCGACGAAGAGCUAUAUUUGGAGUUGCGGCAUAAAGCGUUAGAACUAAGAGAUGAAUGGAGAUUAAUAAACCGUAGCGCAUUUGCUAAUAUAUGGUCCGAUAUGGUAUUCGGGAUCUCAUUAUUUGUUCUUUUGUACUUCAACCAAAAUCAGGUAGCUUUGCUGAAAUUUACAGGGUAUAAGAUAAUAAACAACAUUUCCGACACCGGGAAGGCAUUCUUAAUCAUACUUAUCACAGAUAUUUUUCUCGGGUAUCAUUCAGAAUCAGGUUGGCAGACUUUGCUAGAAAUAAUUGUGGAUCAUUAUGGUUUCGAUGUUGAUCAUUCUGCCAUUAUCAUAUUUGUCUGCCUGAUUCCGGUGGUCAUUGAUGCGUGUGUGAAGCUUUGGAUGUUCAAAUUUCUUCCAAGAUUAUCGCCGAAGGUGUCAAAUAUUUUCCAAGAAAUGAAGAGGCAUUAGAGAGAGGAUUAUGGGCUUCAAGAAUCAAGUUGUUGAUUUAAAGAUUCUUGCUUUGAUUUCCCUUUUUUACAGGCUUAGAACAUGGACCAUAUCAUACGUAUACUUGAUCUUCAUUUUGUCAUUUGCAUUAUGAUUUAUUUGGAUUUCUAUCCCCAUCAACCUUAUUUGAUGUGGAUGUAAAAUAAAUGAAUAUUUGAAACACUCAUUCUCAUUAUUAUUGAAAUGGAAUGCAUUGAAAGAA